GGGAGGGGCAGUAGCGGAGCCUGCAGCUCCAUCGUCCUGCUCCCUGGCAGCACUCUCUCCCUGGCUAUCUGACUGCUCACAUCAUGGAGCCCAACAGCCCCAAGAAGAUCCAGUUCUCAGUGCCCCUCUUCCAGAGCCAGCUGGACCCCCAGGCAGCAGAGCAUAUCCGCAGAAGAAGACCUACUCCCGCCACGCUGGUGUUCUACACCGACCCAGCUGCAUCAGGAGCAGAGGACAGGAAGAGGAUAAGCAGUCAAGCCGAGAAUGCAGAGCUGUCCCCUGCCCAGAGAAAGCAGGGGGUAUUCACCCCACCCACCAUGAAAGGUAGGGAGCAGGCUGACCCCCACAGAGCUUGUGAGGAUGUGAGAGAGCACCACAGACUCGCACAGACACACCCAGACACGCCUUUAGAGGAGCGGCCAGGGGCCCCACCCAGGCGGAAAGACACGCCUUAUCAGCACCUGCUCCCCUUUGCCACAGAGGGAAAGCUGCUGAAGAUGCCCACUGACUCUUCCUUUCCUGAGGAGGAGGAAGGUCUGCCUGAGCUGGAAACCCUCCUCCAACAGCUGGAGCCCCUCCCCAAACAACCAAAAGAGGCAGAGCUCCUCUCCAAACAGCUGGAGCCCCGCCCUAAAGAGCUGGAGUCCCUCCCCAAAGAGCUGGAGUCCCUCCCCAAAGUGCUGGAGUCCCGCCCCAAAGAGCUGGAGCCCCUCCCCAAAGAGCUGGAGUCCCUCCCCAAAGAGCUGGAGCCUGUCCCCAAACAGCCAGAGGGAAUGAUCCAGCAAGGAGAUGAUGGGGACCCUUAGAGAGGGUGCACGACCCCUUUCAGCACCUCCAUUUUAUAACAGAUUCA